CGACACUUCAGAGCAAUCACGGUCGGUCUUUUAUAAACCCCAAAUCUAAGAGAUUCUCCGGACAAUACUGAAAAUUAUGGUAAGUCUGCACUAAAUUUCUUUGUUUCUUUGGAUCGAGUGCUCUUCUUGUUGGCGGUAAAAUCGUGCGCCGCUAAGCUGGGGUUGCACGGAGGAAUUACACAAGCAUCACGUACAAAUAGAAAGGGGAAUUUUUGAGGGGGAGGGGAGCAAAGCCGCAACACCGCCAAAAAAAAAUCGAAAAACACUGCACUGAUAGCACAAAGUUGGCAACAACCCCGCGCUCACCGCAAUAUUCAGCACAGUACCCGUGAUGUGAUAAGUACAUGUAUUCAGACAAGAAUCGAACUGAACAAAAUCACACUUCGCACUUGCAUGCAUGGAGGUUAUAGAUACAUAGACACGUAAUGCUGAUUGCCAGGUCCAAUAUAUAGUUACUUACAUCGUAUGUUUCUGUACGUGUUAUCAACCGUUGAUUUCAAGUCUUCCACGUAAAACUGUAACAACAGAACUGAGAGGGCAGAGUUUAUUGAACGUUGAUAACGAUGACCUGUGCGUGGUGUUCGAUAUCAUAACAGUUCUUUAUGCAAAGCUAUGCAAUGAAGCGCAAAUAUUUUUUAUCGUUUAUGGUAUUUUAUUGGUGCGUGUCUCAUAGAUUUAAGUUAAGUCGAACGACGUAAUUCCUCUUUUAAACAGAAAAAGGAAGAAAGUCGUUUUUUUCAAAUAGAACGUGAUUUCAGAUUUAAUGGUUCAUUGUUAGCUGCUAUGCUCACUAGGUACCUAUUCAUCCAUCAAAUAUUUUUUGCUCGCGAGCAACUGCUUUUAACACGUCACAUGAUGUAGUAUACUCUCGCAAUAAAUGGGAACUAUCACCGGAUAUUCCCCGUGUGGUAGAGCGUAGAUGAUAGAGCGUAUUGCUUUUGUGUAUUACUUGUGGAAGAAGAGAACAACUUUUUGUUCAGGCAAUCGAAUCAAAGAACGUCACUGAACUGGGUCAAAUUCUGACCCAAUAGAAUGUUUUGACGUAAUAAUAUUUGAGGAAUGAUAACACAAUAACCUUUAUGAGGCUUGGAAAUUUGUCCAUGAAGAUUAUCUGUUCCUCGAAAUAAGCAAUUUUCCGAGAGCAAAACAUUAGGAAACCUGUUCAGCUCACGAAACAGAUAAUGUCCGCACGCAAAGAAAUCCAAUCACAUUUUCGUGCUUGUAAAUUAUAUGCUCGUACAUUUGUCGGAGCAUUUAAUUUCCGAGAGCGAAACUUAAAGAAAACUGGCUGCCUCACGAAACAGAUGAUAUCCGCGUGCAAAGAAGUCCAAUCACAUUUUCGUGCUAAUUGAAGCUGUUCUCCACUCAAUAAUAUUUUUUUGACCGCGGUACAACGUAAAUAAAGGUGUACAUUUCCGGUUUUUUACAGGCAAUUUAUGUCGUCCAUCGCGUAACAAACCAAGGAAUAUGUUUCUAGCUCGCCUGAUGGCAUAUAUUUCGUGAUGGCUGGUGUGAGGCGUUUAUCUCAUUUUUCAUACAUUGAAACGUAUAUUGUAAGGUGUUUCCACGUGUUAAUGUUUCAGAGUCCAGUCCGAUCUAUAUGUUAAACCGGCAGCCAGCCAGCUACGUCCCCUGGGAGAAGUAAUCUAGACCCUUCUUUACAUCAGAUUGGCUGAUAUUUUCGAUGCCACUCCUUGGUAACUGUCAUGUGACUUCGAUCAUGUAAUUUCACCAGUAACUUCUAUUACGUAAUUUUGUUAGUGCACGCGAGGUCGGUUUAAGAACCCAAGAGUGUUUGGUGCUUAUUUUGGUCUCAGAUACAGUGAUUUCUAGGCCAAGCAACUUCAAAUAUGGUGAGUGUUCUGAUAAAGCCGUUAAUAACCAGAUUUUUCAUGGGUACCAACAAAUCUGAUCGAAUUAGAGCUGGUAGUUGAACGACGCAAUUUCUCUAUUAGCGCCCAAUUUUGCUUUCAUUGCAUAAGGGAAUUCGUUCUGUUACCUAAAAAAACUGUUUCACUUUCUUGCGGUAAGCAAAUCUUGUCGUCAGCAACAGUUUCUUUGAGAAAACUUUUCAGAAAUGCAUUAAAAUAUCGUGAAACGCACUCGUUAUGCAUACCAAUUGAAAUGCAGGUAUCUUUCAGAAGGCUCAUCUAUGUCAUUUGUUUUCCAUAUUUCGAAUUUUGCAUAUGUAAACAUAAUUUCAUAUUGCGCUUUCUUACGUACGGAAGCUUGCUGGGUAUUUAAAUAUCUCUGCUGUAAUCUACAGUUAGUUACGAGACUGGAGGCACUCUAAAGUAAGCGUGGCGGAUUUGAAGUUUUCAAUGCAGAAUGCGAACGGGUGGUCAUAAAUUGAAGCGUAUGCAAAUUCAGUCGUGUUUGUCACAUACUGAUAUUAAUAUAACUUCUCUGUCAGAAUUCCUGAUCCAAAUCUUUUCGCAACACAAUGUAAUGUUAACUACGUGAGUUUGUAUCUAAUAUGAGGAAUCCGAUAUAUUUCGUAAUAGCAAUUGAUUCCGGUAAGAUUUUGCUGCAGGGUUUCAUUGUUCGACGAGCUUAUGCCUUGAUGCCUCUGGCAGUCGAGUUUAUUUACCAGAUGAUUUUGCCCAUAAAAAAAAAAAAUAGCACUGAAAGUCACUAUUCGUCAGCCAAACUCGAACGCGUUUUCCUGCGUGACGCUGCAGUUUUUCAAAUGCGCGCCAACCAUCAAAAUUCAGCGAGACUCUAGCUCCGUAAGUCGACGGUUCCUAAGACAUAAGGCUGCUGCGGUGAAUGUUUUCACAUCCUUCGAGGUGGUCUUGUCGGUAGAGAAUUUAUCACAUCCACGCAAAGGUUUUUCUGGGGUCCCUAGAACACUUACGCGAAUGUACAAUACUUGCACCUCAAUUAAAUUUCCCAGUUGACUUGCCUCGGGUAUUGGGAGAAAAAAAUCGGGCUUCACGGGGUUUAUGGCCUUAAAUUCCGUGACAUGGCUUCGAAAAUGUUCAACCUUAGAGAUCUAGGUCAUAAACUUUCGACUUCACGGGGUUUAUUUUUUUUUUUUUUUUUUUUUUUUUUUUUUUUCAACCUUAGAGAUCUAGGUCAAGAACUUUGACACCGUCUUCUUUUGGAUAGCUUUACCCAGAUUUUUUUUAACAAGAAACUUUCCCCAGCAAGAACUUAAAACAGCAUCUAGAUGAGAAAAACAGCAUCUAGAUGAGAAAAACAGCAUCUAGAUGAGAAAAACAGCAUCUAGAGGAGAAAAACAGCAUCUAGCUAAGAAAGACCGGGGGAAUUGCUUGUUAUGAUGUAAUAGUGCCAUUUGCUAAGAGAAAUUCUAAACCCAAUAUUGACAGUAUAUAGACAAGAAAGAUUGCAGGAAUGUCGAUUCAAUCAUCACCGGACCUUGCUCAGCAGGGUGUAUUGUGUGGUUUUAUGUGGUUGGCAUGCAUGCGAGGUUGAAGUUCAUUUUAACAAAGAACCUUUCUCAUUUUCAAAUCCACCCAGAAUUGUUGAAGAGCGAUAGAAUUGACUCUGUAUAUUAAACUUUAAGGAAAAUAAAUAGGGUUAAGUCAGACGUUACUUCUAACCAGUGUAAUAUGCUUAUUGAGGCUUAUGAAGCUGUCUGCUGAAUUACUGAGGUCAUAUUUUCAUGACUGGAUUGACUCUGAUAUGGUUGAUAUUUCAAUAGAAUUACUAGACUGGGGUUGCACAUUUGCGGGAUUUAGGAGGUUAGAAAAUUGUGGUAAGAAGGGAUUUUUAAAAUGGGAAGAUUCACAAUUGGAAUGUUCUCACCGUUGGGACCACAUUCAUUCAAAAGCGAAUACAAAUUGGGCCUCUAAUUGGCCACCGAAAAGAUUAUAGUGAUGAAGGGUUCUGAAAGGCCAGGAGCACAUACCCAGCUCAAACAUACUCAAAUUCUUCCCCCACCCCCUCCACAGGUAUAUAGCACAGAUUUUGCACCAUUUUGUGUAACACAAUCACAUGCAUCAAGCUAAUUAUAUUUUGUUUCAUUUUUAAUAAUUCAAAUUUGUCUUCUCUAUGCAGAAUUCCCUAGCGUUUUUGAUCACUCUCGUGUUUGGAUUUGAUAUGACUUGUGGACAAAAUGUGAAAUGCAGUACUAAACUUCAGACACACAUGGCGGUAAAUGCUCUAAGCAGAUUUGCUUUUUCAUUGCUUUUGUUUGGUCCUCACUCAGCCAUCUCUGUCUCCUUUGACGCUGUUUUUUUUGACAUUUUUCAUGAGGUUCUGCAAAGCUCUGACUGUUGCAUGACAUUCCCAAGAAUCUCCGUUAAUAAAAGUUAAAAACUAAGCACUUGCUAUCCACUCAUUUGUUUGAACUGUCACACAACAUUUUCUCACUUUGCGUAAGGAGACUGAAAACACACGUUUUGAAGGAGACAAAGUGUCCUGAGGAAGGAAAUGUUUUCAAUUGGUUACUUUUCGAAAUUAUGAGAUCUUAGUUUAAAUUAAUAAAACGAUGAAAGAGGGACAUUCGAAAAUAUUUGCAAUAAAUUAGCUAUUAUGUCUAAAUGAUCUUUUUUUCUCUUUUUUUUCAAGAAAGGUUCCUGGGGUGAGAAUCCGGUUGUUCACACAGACUACAAGGGUAAGUGGAUUUAUGCCUGCAACAUGACCUGCACAACAGAAAGUAUUUAAAGUCACUUUCCUCUUUGAGUAUUUCUCUCCUUGUGCGUAUUUCUCUCCUUGCGUUCUCCUCUCCUUCACCUUGUGCUUGCUGCGUUUCCAAUUGGAUACAUGUAACAUGAGAAUUUUCACCUUAAGAUGGCAGAAAUCUGGCAUAGUUUACUUAGGCAAGGAAUGAAAAAAACCUUUGCUUUUUUCUUGUAACCUAGCACUUUGUUGGUGUUUGAAAUUCAACAUCAUACAAGCAAAAAUGAACUUAAAACGAAUGAGCUCUUCUGUGGCUGACGUCACAACCACGCAAUGUUGUCAAAUUUCAUUUCCUUUGCAAUGGAAGGUACUUCAUGGGUUUGCUUUCUUCCUCAACAGGAACGACAGUUGUUGAUCCGCCUUUACCAUUUAUGUCUCCCUUUGCUGCAACCACUGAACAGGAAAUAAACAAACAAAUAAACAGGGAGCUAUUUGCCAGUUACACGUAUUUAUCAAUGGUGAGCUUUUAAGACAGACCUUAUAACUUGCUUUUUUUAAUUGCAAAUUAGAUUCUUAUUUUUGCAUCUUAUUUCGUAACCAGGCCAUGCACUUUAAUCGUGAUGAUAUCAAUCUGCCUGGGUUUCACAAAUUCUUUAAGGAGGCCUCAGAAGAAGAACGCGAACAUGCCAUGAAGGUAUUCCUGUUUCAACUCUUAAUUAAACCAUUUACACCUUAGCAUCAGUAUGUGUAUUCUGAAUUUUCCAAAGAUACUGACCAGGAGAAUUUAAGAAGCAAUCAAGAACUUCUUAAAUUGGUGAUCAUAUCCUGUAUUCUCAUGAUCUUAAUGAAUGAUCCAGCUGUGUUUCUGAGAGGAGAAAUUUGGUGCUGGUCACUCCCAGAGUUUUAACCCUUUCACUCCCAUGAGUGAUCAAGACAGAAUUUCUCCUAAUAGUUUCAAUAUAAUAUUAAGCAGACUAGUGACAAGAAUAAAGAAAAAUAUCAGUUAGGGGAUUGUUGGUUUGAUCUAAGACUAAAUUCCCUUAACUAACAUCAUGAGAGGGGUAUGCCUGACAGUGAGGAGAAUUAAUCAUGAGAUCUUGGGAGUGAGAGGGUUAAGGGUUAAAUUUAUAGGAUACUGAUUUUAGUAAAAGUAAACAAAGGAUUUCCAUGCUUAGUUUUCCAGUAAUGGCUGUUGCUUAAUUGUUUCUUGCUUUGGUUUCAGUUGAUGGAAUACCAAAACAAACGUGGAGGCCGCGUCUUGCUUCAUGGUAUAAUGGUAAGUUAAAAGACCUGGACCUACCCCUCAUCUAACCUAACAUUAACCCUAGCUUGUUAUAAUUUGGCUGUUGUUGGGUUUGGGGAGGGGUAGGUGGGCAGUUCAUUGAUCUAAGAUGAGAGCAUCCACACGGAGCCAUAAUGGCUGCUAUUGAUUAGUAUUUAGUCACAGUGAGGAACAUGACAGUGUAGUUGAAUUUUUUUCUUGUUCUGCAUGUUUUCUUGGCAGAAACCUUGUGAAACGACAUGGGGAAACGGUCUGGAGGCCAUGAAACAUGCCCUGGUCUUAGAAAAAGACGUGUACCAGGCAUUGCUUGAUCUGCACAAUACAGCUUCAAGGAAUGAAGAUCCACAGGUAGGCAGCAUUCAUUCAAUAAGAGUGCUUUUCAAUUGAGUGUCGCAAGCAAUCACAACAGUCAAUCAGAAGAAAGGGAAAUACCUUCAAGAGCCAAUGAGAACUCAAAGAAAAAAUAACUAAAGCGCGGGUGACCAAGUAAUAAUUUUUUUUUAUCAGUUUAGCAUCUGAUUGUUGAGAGAGUGGUGCAAAUUUUCUGCACCAAACAGAGCAAGGUGAAGCAAAAACGGUACAAUCACAAAUUACUUUCAACUCUUAAUUAAAAAUUUGCUCUUAUGUGUUUAGCACAUCUGGGCAUUCAAAAGAGCUGGUUUAAUUUUCCUCCUCUUCCUACUCUCUCUGCCCUGAGUAACCUUUUUAUUCCAUUGCUUAACAGUUGCAAGACUUCUUAGAGUCUAAUUACCUUGGUGAACAAGUGGACAGCAUCAAGCAGCUCUCCGACUACAUUAACACCCUUAGCCGUAUGGAGGCAGCUGGACAAUAUGCUCUUGGCGAGUACCAGUUUGACAAGAUCACCCUUGGGGGAGAGAAGAAAGAUUAAUUUUUUUUUUUUAAUCAAUGUAUAACUUUACUUAUGUGGACUUGGACUGAUUUCUUGGUUUUUGAUUGUUACUGAAAUAAGUUUUUAUUAAAUGCACACAACUUCUGUGUGGUGCAAUUUUUUUUUUUUGUAGUUUCAGUGGUUGGAGGUAUUUCGAUUACCAACCAAAGUAGAGUUAAUGAUUUUAAAGAAGUGUUCCAUGGGAGGUUUUGACUUCUUCAGUUUUAAAUGAUGGCUUGGUGUGUCUAACAUUUUGGUGAAUCCUAGCUUGUGAGCUGACCUUUAUUCGAAGCGCUUUGGCAUGAGUGUUUCAUCACCUACAGGAAACUAGGUAUGAAGCCUUGAGCAACUCAACACGGCAAGAGGUCUGGAUGGGGUGUAGCACUGAUGAGUCCAAGACUCCUGGCAAACCUCUUCCCAGCUGGUCUCAAAUCUUCCUGCGGACAGGGAAACGCAUGUCCUGCAGCACUGAUAUUGAGGCUUGCUCGCAGAUUAGGUGAAUCCUCUUGGCAAGUGACCCUCAGAAAUUUACCUUUGAUUGUUCAAUUUAGGUCUGGGAACAGUGUAUCCUGAGAUAGUUGAAUGUUGAUUGUAUGCCACAAAAUUGCAGAGAAUUGUUGUGAGAUCAGUUUUUUAACAAGAUUGUUUUUCUGGCAAUGUUUUGCAAUUGAGAUAAUAAACGGUUUGUGACCAAUGUUUCAGAAUUUUAUCUGUCAUUUCUCAAUCUUCUGCUCUUAGCCCUUUGACCCCUAAUAGUGACCAGCAUCUAAUUUCUCAUAACAAUAUCACCCCUGAAUGAAACAUGAGGGCUCAAGAUUAAAGAAACCAAUCAUCAACUAUAGGUUGUUGAAUCAAAGAUUGUGAAACAAAUUCUCCUUGGAAGUCCUUCUUAGAACUGUAAGGAAAAGUAUAGAGAACAGUAUGGAGAAGAUGUAUGCUGAUGUUUGGGUGUAGAGUUCACUUUUUCUUGUUACUUGACACUUUAAUAGUGAAAUUUAACUAGAAGCAUACUUGCAUUCACCUGGGCUUUCUGUUUGAAAUAAACUGAUUUUUGUGCUUGCUUUGUCAGUUUUUUAUGCAAUUACCGGUUUAUCCUGUAACUGUUUUUCUCUUGGCAUGCAAUCCCCAAAGAGUCAGGUGACAAUAUAACACCGAUGUCAGACCAAAAGAAAACACGAUGAGAAUGGUACUGUCAGAUUUAAAACUGAUAAUAAUUGACGAAGUCUCUGUGGUAUCAAAUACUUUGCUACUGCACAUCCAUCAAUAACGUGAAGAAAUAUUGGUUUUUCUCUGCUGACUCCAUUGCUUUAUAGUAUUUAAUAAUUAAAUAAAUAAUUAUUAAUUGAUAUUUAUUAAUAAUUAAUUAGUUAAUUAGUAUUUUUUCCAUGAUUAAUCUUUUUUUUUCUCUUACCUUUCUGUCGACUACUUUACAUGAACAUGUAGCUAACAGUAUUCUGUAUUGCCUUGGAGUACUAUAUUUCUCUUGUAUUUUUCUAAUGGCAAAACAAGUGAAGCCGUUCCAUCUAUGCUUUUAGUGAACCGAAUAGGGUACAUGUCUCUUUUAUUAUAGGCAGGAGGGAUUUCAUAUAUUUUUAUCUUUUUGUGGGUUUAAAGAUACAACUGAUGCAGUAUGAAGAAAACGAUAGCGUUUCCUUUGGAAAGCUCGAGUAGCAAAAUACAGGCAAAAAUGAUCUUGAAAGGACCGGCUCUUUCCCCCCGCCUUCUCCCAGCUCCGCUCCCCCCUGCUCCGCUCCCCCCUCAGCACCACCGAGGGCGUAAAAAAAGGGGAUCAGUCGCCAAGUUUCCUGAGCCGGCUUUCUAUUUCAGACGAAAGUCGCUCUUCAAGUGAAAGAUAAGCACAUAUAAUAUAUCACAAAUAAAACGGAUAGCCUGCCUAUAUAAUUAUCAGGAUAGCGAACGGGAGUUAAAAUUGUGGCGUAAUCAAAGUUCAGUGCCUCGUGCGUAAUUGUAGUCGAUAAGAAAACAUUUCGUCAUGCUCUUAUAAUUAAACAUUAAAGAAAUAUAACUACGAACUUUCGGAGCCAUCUUGUCCCUUAUCAAAUGCAAUUUACUUUAUUGUUGGUUUUGUAGAGGAAACAAAACACACUGAACAAAGCAAAAAUUUAAAACACUCGACUUUGCAAUGGCAAGCUAUUCUUCCUGACCACGUCAUUGCGAAAUGACUACCCCUUAUGUUGAAAUACGCAGUCCUUAUGGGGCGAUGUUUGUUUUUAAGCGGAUUGCAGUGUUAGAGGUCAACCGGAAAACAUCGGAAGAAUACACGAAUUCUUUUAGCCCUGUGCUUUGUCGUGUUCACGAAUUUAUUGACGGGAACGACACGCAAUAAAUUAUUUCCCGAAAGGUAGGCAUUGCGUGUUCAAAUGUGACUAUUUAGUCAUCAUAGAGGUCAGAUUUGUGCCAAUCGUAACCUUUUUCUAUUUCAGAAUACUCUGAUAUGUAAAUAAAAAGAGUUGUUCAGUUCCUCCCUCUUCCUAAGGCAGUUCACGUUCUUCUGGCCGCCGAUCUGUCCAUCCUGUUCACUGAUACUUUCUUCCCUUGACUGAAGGCGUUCCAUUUCUAUCGCGAUGACGUUUACCUCCCUAGUCUCGAUAAGUACUUCAAAGCAUCUACUGAUGAAAGUACGAAGCAUGCGCAAAAGGUGAAACACUGUUUAAAACAAUAUCCGAAGAGCGAGAAAGCGCGUUUAAUCAGAUCUCUCAGGAUGAAAAUUAUCUAAGGAGUUGGCGGAGCUUUCCUCCCUAAGCUAGGAAUUGCCACGUCAGCCGCAAGAAAAAUAACAAAAAGUAAAAGAAAACGGAGGCGAACUAUCGGGAGUGGAAGCUGAAUAAUGGGACCUCGAUUAUUUAUUCUUCGGGGUUUUUUUCGAAUUAUUCAUUAUACUUUUUUAAAUUUUGUUUGGUAUUCAUUCUUCCCUAUUCCUUGAACUUAAGCAAGAUUUUUCCUUGUUAGAAUCGAUUUCGGUCUUAAUUAACGAUUAUACAUUUUAUUAGAAGUAUCAAACUGUCGCACCAUACUACACGCUACUGCCACACCGUGCUACACAGGCGAUAUUUUUGUCAAACUAAGCUGAUGUCGUAUUUUUCGGUGCUAUGGUUAUUAUUUUUACAAUGUAUCUUUCGCUUUAACGGCAACUAGUCUCUUCCGCAAGCAACUCCAUCGUCGCACAUACCUUUCCUGCUCCAGUUAUUAGUGACAAACAGCCUGAAUGAUGUUUGGAAAAACCACAAAAUAGGCAAAAGAUAAAAAUCAUCUGCAUGUAGCUUUUACAUGAUGAAGUGGGACUUUGUAGGUAAAAAAAAUAAAAGACUUGUCUCUGUUAACAAGCAUAAUGCUUGUGUUUGUGUUCACUCGUUUAGAGCUUUUCCGACUGCCUCAAGCUGAUACUAAAGUUAAAGGAAAACUGUUCAUAACAAGAUAUCAAAUAAAUUUUCUCUUUCUGAUAUUAUUGAUGGAACUAUGUAGCUCCAAAUGCAAUGUCAGUGGCUAUUUUUGCAAACUUGAGGUCGAGCCUAAACUUGCAAGCACGUAGAAAGCAAAAUCUGUCAAAAGACGACAAAAAAUACAAAAAACUAUGAUGCCUAUCUUGACAGGUAAAAUGGGCCAAGUAACGCAAUUCGAAGUAAUGUAACAAUCACGAGUAGGUUGCAAAAUUAAAUGAAGCAUUUCGACAACAGCUCAAACCGUCAAAAGAACGUCAGAAAAUAUUUGUAGAUAUAUUUUUUCUAUUUUUCGCGGAUUUUGUUGUAACUGAGACUUGCACUGGGAGGCAUGUGCAGGCAUGAGGCAUCUGCUCGUAUCUUAUUGAUAAACACUUUAUGGACGCUGAAAGCCUUAAUGUGUUCAGUGAUAGGCAUGUAAAACGAUAAGUCGGAAGCAUUUCGUGGUAUGCAAAAAUAACACAUGUAAUGGACAAUUUUACGCGUUACAUGCCGCAAAAAGGGAGCAUAGAGUGAUUUCAAUUCCCGAUUGGUAAUGAUGACGAACCAUUUGCUCUUAAGAGCGGACCCUGGGAACGAGGUCGUUCAGUUGACUUAAGUCUCCCCUCCCUACCUGCCACCUUUGUUAAGAAACUAUGAUGUCUGAGUAAAGCAAAAAAAGGGAUGUGCAGUGUGAUCUUUGUGGUCAACAAAGAGUUUCGUGAAGUAAUUAGGGCCAUUUUCUAAUUAUUUCGUCACAGAAAUUGCUCAUUCAUGCAAAAACAAAUUACAUCACGUCCUAUUUUUCGUUCCCUCCAUUACACAGCAGAUUUGCUUUUCACGUGGCUUAAUGACGACAUACUUGAGAAAAAUUAGCCAAUCAGUGUUUGAUACUAUUGAUAUCUCAUGUCAUAUGACUAAGGGAAUAUAAACUGCAAUUCUCACGAGAAUCGCCAUCUUGGAUUGUUUCGCUUCAACAGUGAUUGAACGAGGCAGUUUACAUUCGAGGAUUUUACAACUUUUAACAUCGUAUUUUCCCGAUCUUUACCACCACAACCAUCAAAAUGUCUCUGUGUCGUCAGAACUACCACGAGGAAUGCGAGGCUGGCAUCAACAAGCAAAUCAACCUCGAGUUGUAUGCAAGCUACGUGUACAUGUCCAUGGUUCGUACUCAAUUAGUUCGCCACUUGUUUGUGACCCAUCGUUCUAUUUUCCAUCGAUGUAACAAUUACCUUCUUGUUCUUUAGGCUUAUCACUUCGAUCGUGAUGAUGUAGCUUUGCCCGGAUUCCACAAGUUCAUGCUAAAACAGUCAGAUGAGGAACGCGAACACGCCCAGAAGGUAAGCUUUAAGAGCAGCAUUCAUCUAGAUUCUUCAUCGCUUGGUGGUCUGAUCAUUCUCUCUCCGUUUAAUUUCAGUUGAUGGCUUAUCAGAAUAUGCGGGGAGGACGUAUUGUGUGGAAAGACAUUAAGGUGAGUGUUCACUGACACGGUUUUCUGUAAGGGCAUGCUCUUUGUACUACGAAUUGUGCGCUAACAAUCGAACCAAAAUUUCUUUAUACUGAUAUCCUUUUUAUUUAAACGCAAGCGACUUCAGGAGUGCACAAAUUUAGCCGAUACUGCUUUUAAGUUUGUUCCUUUUGUGUGAUAGACCUCACGCGGUGUUACGUAAUAGGAACAUCUUCUGAUGGCAUAGAUCUUGUACCAGGCACAAUCUAAUGUUUGACAAUAUUCGGUCAAAAAUCCUCCCAGCAGAGGUCAAUGGAAAGAUGCUUGUCUUUCGUUUCCAUAUCUUAAGUCACAAACUCAAGACAACUUGACCUAAACUUAACGCCUCCUGCGAAGAGAACUGUUGGCUUUCACACGCUUCUUCCUAAACAAUAAACCACUGUGAUGCGAAAUCUUUCAAAAGAAAUGUUACAGUAUCAGGGCAACUGUCCUUUGAGACAAAAAAAAAAGUCAUGUUUGGGCAAGGCUAUUCGAACAGCCUUCAAUCAUUUCAAAAUGCUAGUAAUGCAAGUGUAUUAAGGAGCACUUUACUUUGGUAAAAGUCUUGGAGAGUAGCAGCAAUCUGGUUAUCUACAUGUUAAAGUUGGAUUUACUGCAAAGUGAUAGGAUUCUUAUCUUAAUAAAAAUUAUUUCUGUUGUCUGUUUGGGAUGAAUAUAGCCAUGUUUUUGAAGACAAUCCCUUGCACAGUUUUUCCUUCAUGCUUAAGCUGAAAUAGAACAGAACUGAAUGUAUUUUCUGAUUACCCCUGUAGAAGCCAGAGAAAUUUGAAUGGGGAACCGGCUUAGAGGCAAUGCAAGCAGCCCUGGAUCUGGAGAAACAUGUUAAUGAAUCCUUACUGGACUUGCACAAAGUGGCAGAUAAGAAUGGCGAUCCUCAGGUAAGAACCAACCAGAUCCCUUUUGUGGCUAUGAUCUACAGUCUUUUGAUAGGGUUGUUAGCAUAUGAGGUAUUGCAAUAUUAUCACUUGUACUUGGAAGGGAAAGGUUAGUUAUAUAAGUAUUGUGGUCAGCCAAGUUGUGCUACAGGUGUGGUGUUGUAUUUGCUUGUGGCUGAUGCAAAGCUCUUUUUUUUUUUCUUUUUUUUUUUGUGCAUUGUACUGGUAAGCAAAAGCUCUUGUAUCGUGACUUCUGUAAGCAAUUUUGUAAAUUUUCUCUACUAGGCAUCUCUUGGGUGUUCCUCUCGAGGGUGCUUCUCUUGAACAAAGCGAACAGUUCUCCAUCUUUUAGAAAUGGGCAGGAAACUGUCCAAUUCUUGUUCAACUCUGUAAUCAGACUUGGUGUUAUUAGUGAAUUUUUUUUAUAUAGUUCAUAAAAUCCAUUGCUUUAGUCGACAGACAUCAUUGAAGACCUCCUGGAAGAGCAGGUUCAAUCCAUCAAGGAGUUUUCUGAUCACAUAACAAACUUAAAACGUGUGGGACCCGGACUAGGAGAAUUUCAAUUUGACAAACUGACAUUAGGCAGUCAAUAAGUUCUUGUUUGCCUUAACCCUUCAACUCCCAAAAGCAAUCAAUGUCUAACUGCUUGCUGCAAUAUCCAUUCAUUCUCCAGCAAACAGAUGAUGAGAAUACUCAAACAUAUAAGAUAGAAGUUGUCCUGAUCUAACACCAAAUUCCUCUAACUAAUUUAAAAGGAAAUAUGUAGUAGCUGGAGGGGAGAAUUGACUAUUAGAUCUUGGGAGUUAAAGGGUUAAGCUUCAAUCACACUAGGUCAUUGUUAAUUAAAUUCGCAGCUCUAGGUCUCGUGCAAUAGCCUUGUCAUUUAGGGGUGUCUUUGUUAACUGCCAAGCAGAAACAAUCCAAGAUUUUUUUUGUGUGCAUCCUCAAGUUGUGUAAUUUCUUUUAUCUUUUAAUUGGAUGAUUACGUAUUUAAUUGUAUUGGGUUAAAUAUUUAAAUUAACUUAUGACGAUAUAUUUAAUUUAAUUUUUCUUGAAGGAGAGAUGGAAGUAUUUUAUCUGAAAACUUUAAAACAUGUAUUUGUAAUAGUCAGGAUCUGUUUAGAAAAAAUAAACUGGAUUUGUCGAGGAAUUUUUAGAGAGGUCUGAUGUGAAGUUGUGCACUCUUUGCUUGCCUUUGUAUUGCCUUGCUUAGCUUUGCUUUUCUUAGUGUAGCUGAGCACACAGUUAUUUUGCAGUGUAACAUUUUUGCUCUGACAGAACUAAUUACCUCCUAAAUGAGUUGGUAUUGUAAAGGAUUUCUGUAGAACUGUUUUAGUUGUCUAGUGAUUAUUGUUCAGUUUUCCUCUUGUGGUUUGGUCAACUUAACCUUGAAGUCUUUGUAACAUGACAGUCCCUUGGCCCUUUGUUUCAUUUCCUUAAAUUUAUACAGAAAGAUAGAGAAGAACAAAUCUAUGUCUUGAAAGGAAAUUAGGACAAUGAGGCUGAUAAGUUCCCCACAUUGUAGCAUUUAUUGAAGGGCUUUUUUCAGUUCAAUGGCUCAUAGACCGCUGUUGUUAUCUGUUAUCUCCUGGAUAGAUGAUGGACUUCCUUGAGGGUGAGUUCCUUAAGGAGCAAGUGGAAUCCAUCAAGCAGUUCUCUGACUUUGUCAAAAACUUGAUUCGUGUUGGUCCAGGGCUGGGCGAGUACCAGUUCGAUAAGCUAACCUUGGGUGAUGAUGACUAG